AUGGUGGAGCCGAUUACUAUAAAUACCCUGAUAUUCUCUAAAUUCGGGGAGACUCUUUUGCCGAGAAACCUAAGGCUGCAGGAUUUUUGGAGAUCUGAGCGGCGGGAGAAAGUGUUUCUUCCAUAUUCCAAUGUAUUCUGGUGGAUUUCUAAAGAGUAUGUCAAUGAGCAUCAUCAGAGAAGAUUGAGCGUGAUAGGCAUCUUCAAAGAUCAUCAUCAGAGGGUCGUGAGUGAUAUACGUCAUCAGAUCAGUGGCGGACCUACAUGGUCGGCAGCCCGGGCUGAAGCCCGGGCUGGCUGGCCGAAAAACUUUGAAAUAUCUCUGUUCGGGCAGUUUGAUAAAAAGCCAUUAACUUCCCCCAAAAUUAAAAUCCCUAACAUUUUCCCCAAAUUUACCUCCUACCUUCUGCCAGGGGCCAGGGCCACCACCAAUUUCGUUCUUCUGCUACUGGCCGCCAAAGUCACCGUCACAGCCUCACAGUUUCUUCUUAAUCACAAAGUCACAAUUUCUUCUCAAUCACAAGGCCACUACACCAAAGCAGAGACACAUAAGUUAUUUAAAAUGGACAAGUUUUUGACUAAAAGACCAAAAAGCACCGAGUCGAGUGUUAAAGAUAAUAACGCGACUACAUCUUCAAGUCCGAAACGAGCAAGAGUUGAGUUUGAUCAAAAUAACCUAAUCGUGGAUCCCGGGCUUCGAAUGCCAAUUGAGAAAUAUGAUGCCAACAUUAGAGAUGAGGUGAGACGAUCUUAUGUAGCAAAAGGUCCUUGUCAACCAAAGACUCACAACUUUCCUAAGAAGAAAUAUGGAAAUCAAAAUAGGUGUUUCAAUCCUUCAUGGUUUGAUUCUUUUCCAUGGCUAGAAUAUAGUGUGGAGAAGGAUUCUGCAUUUUGCUUGUGGUGUUAUUUAUUUAAACUAACAACUUAUGGAUUGCAAAGCGGGAGGGAUGUGUUUUCCAAAACGGGGUAUAAUAAUUGGAAGAAUGCAAUUUCUACUUUCAGAGAUCAUGAAGGAAAUGUUGCUAGCAUUCAUAAUUUUUCAGCUGAUAAAUUGGAAUUGUUCAAGAACCCACGACAAAGUGUCACACAAAAGAUCUCGCAACAUAGUUCAGAAAUGGAAAUUGCUUAUCGAGUUAGAUUGACAGCGGUUCUAGAUGUUGUGCGAUUUUUGUUAAGACAAGGUUUAGCUUUUCGGGGGCACGAUGAAUCUUCAAGUUCCAAGAACAAUGGUAACUUUUUGGAGUUACUCUAUUGGUAUGGUGCACGUGUUGAUAAGAUUGCCAAGACAUUGAAAGAAAAUGCUCCCGGGAAUAACCAAAUGACUGCUCCAAAAAUUCAAAAGGACUUGGUGCAUUCUUGUGCUGAAAAAGUGAGAUCGCUCAUUAUUGAAGACAUUGGUGAUCGGAUUUUCUCACUUAUGGUUGAUGAAGCUAGAGACAUUUCAGUGAAGGAACAAAUGGCUAUUGUUUUGAGAUAUGUUAAUUCUCGUGGACAAGUGAUUGAGAGAUUUCUUUGUAUAGAGCAUGUGACAAACACUUCAUCCAAGACUUUGAAAGAGACUAUUGAUAAUUUAUUUGCAAAAUAUGGAUUGUCCUUAUCAAGGUUACGAGGUCAAGGUUAUGAUGGAGCUUCUAAUAUGCGAGGAGAAUUUAAUGGCCUAAAGUCACUCAUAUUGAAGGAUAAUCCAUAUGCAAUGUAUGUUCAUUGCUUUGCGCAUAAACUUCAAUUAGUUGUCGUUGGUCUUGCGAAAAAAAUGCCUAUUAUCAACGACUUCUUUAGUUAUGUGAUUAAGAUUGUCAAUUUGGUUGGAGCAUCAUGUAAAAGGAAAGAUGAACUUCGACAAAGACAACAUGAAAAUAUAGUUACACAUAUAGAGAAAGGUGCAAUUUCUACUAGCAGAGGCCUCAAUCAAGAGACAAGCCUUGCAAGACCCGGGGACACAUGUUGGGGAUCUCAUUAUUAUACAAUACUUCGUCUUAUAAUGAUGUGGCAAGCUGUAACGGAUGUUGUUGGAAAUAUUCAUGAUGAUGGAACUAGCCCUGACCAACAAGGUGUAGCUUUGGGUUUGAUUGAUCGUAUGGAAAGACUUGAAUUUGUGUUCAUAUUAUUUUUUAUGAAAAAAGUGUUGGGUAUAACAAAUGGCUUGUCACAAGCAUUGCAAGAGAAAAAUCAAAAUAUAGUGAAUGCUUUAGACAUGGUUGAAUGUGCCAAGCUUAAGUUACAAUCAUUGAGAGAUGAUGGAUGGGAUGAAUUGUUGGCUGAUGUUUCAGAGUUUUGUGUUAAAAGUGAUAUUGAGAUGCCAAAUAAUAUGGAAGAUACUAUGUUGGUCCGAGGUCGUCCAAGACGUGAGAAACAAACUACUACAUAUUUGCACUACUAUCGCGUUGAUGUUUUUUACUCGGUUCUUGAUAUGAUUAUGCAAGAUAUGAAUAGUCGUUUUUCAGAAUCUACUAUUGAAUUGCUUUCUUGCAUAAGUUGCCUUGAUCCAAAACAAUCAUUUUCAAGAUUUGAUUCUGUUAAAUUAGUUCGUAUUGCUGAGCUUUAUCCUAAAGAUUUCUCAGAAAUUGAUCGAAUGGCAUUGGUAGAUCAGUUAGAGAUGUACAUAUGUGACAUGAGAAAAAAUGUUGAUUUUUCUUCACUAGGAAGCAUUGGAGAACUUGCUAUGAAGUUGGUGGAAACAGAAAAACAUGUCAGAUAUCCUCUAGUUUAUCAGUUGAUUGAGUUGGCGUUGGUCUUACCCGUUUCCACUGCUUCCGUUGAAAGAGUUUUUUCAGCAAUGAAUAUCAUCAAGACCGAUUUGCGUAACAAAAUGGAGGAUGAUUUCUUGACUGAUAGCUUGGUUUGCUAUAUUGAGAAAGACAUAUUUAAUGAAAUUGAUAAUGAAGAUGUUUUACAAGAAAAAGUGAUGAGGUUGUUAUUCAAGUUGAGGACACAGAGCUCAGAGAAGUUGGUGAGGGGGCCAGCGACUCACUGGAAAGGGAAAGGUCCUAGAGGACAAGGUGUGCAAAGUGGCCCUAGGUGCAAGGACAAGAUUGCUGAAGAAGACUCUGGCGCGAAUACAAGCUUGUUGGAAGACUCCGGCUCGAGGACAAGGUUGCUGAAGAAAAUGAGAAAUGUGGGUUGGGAUUAUGCAGCCAGUAAAGAUAGUGGGAAAUUUUGA